AGCGUGGGUGGCAUCAACUUCUUCUUGAGAGGAGACCAAGCGUGGGUGGCAUCAACUUCUUCUUGAGAGGAGAGAGAGAGAGGGCUAAAUGAAACAACUAUUUCAAAGGCGCUCCAACUCCAAAAGGCCAGACAUGCAAGUAAUAAAACGAUUAGAGAGAAGUAGAAUGCUUGAGUUUAACUAUGUUAUUAGGGUUUCUCUUUGACUCUGUAAUUAAGUGCGAUCAGAGAAAAGUAGAAUGCUUAGGAAGAGCAAAUUAAAAAGUGGGGAUUUUGAGAGGAUGUGCGGUUGAAGGGAGAUUCGUCAAGGAAUGAUGAGAGUUUUUUGAGGAAAGUUUUGCCCUAUAAGUUACAUUCCAACUUUUCGGAAAGAGCAUCUCUCUCUCUCUUUCAUACUUGGAUCUAAACAAGUACUACCAGGGAAUGUUGGGCAAAUCAAAUGUCCUCAAAACAAAUAUUAUUCAAUUUAGUGGCUUUGGAUUCCUUUACUCGUCCUUUUGGUGCCAAAACAUCUCUCAUCUUACAACUCCACCACCAGUACAGCAGUAUCCAAGCGUUAGAUGGCCCAAGUUCCUCACCCCCUCAAUCCUCUCCACACUCAUCACUCACCAAAGAAACCCUCUUCUCUCUCUACAAAUCUUCAACCAAGCCAAAACCAGGUACCCUAAUUACAACCACAACUUCCCUGUCUAUGCAACCAUGGCCACCCUCUUAGCCAACUCGGGCCAUUUCUCUCGCGUCAAAGCUCUUUUACAUCAGCUUCAAAACGAUCGAUGCCAAUGCCGAGACUCUUUUUUCUCCUUCAUCAUAGCCACCUAUGCAAAAUCCGGAUUGCUUCAAGAUGCAGUUGAUCUCUUCCACUCCAUACCCCAAUUCAACUGUAUCAGCUGGGCCAAGUCUUUUAACACCCUCUUGGAGAUUUUGCUAUCAGAAGGUCAUCUAGACAGAGCCCACGAUCUCUACCUCAAUUUUCCACAACUGGGUGUAAACCCAACAACUGAAACCUUCAAUUCCCUUAUUGAUUCUCUCUGUAAAAAUACCCGAUCUGAUCUCGCACUGAAUCUCUUGCAAGAGAUGCCUGAACAAUGUUGUAGACCUGAUGGUAACACUUGCCGAAUUCUGAUGAAUGGGUUGUGUAUGGAUGGGAGAAUACAUGAGGCCACCCACUUGUUGUAUUCCAUGUUCAAGAACAUCUCUCAAAAGGGGUGUGGAACUGAUGUAGUUGUUUAUAGAAGAUUUUUAGAAGCUCUCUGUGAUGAGGGUAAAUUUUCGGAAGCUGUUCAGAUUUUUGGGAAGGUUUUGAAGAAGGGGUUGCGAGCUCCAAAGAAACGACGAGCUCAUAGUAUCAGUAAGAUCGAAGCCAAAGCUCACGAACUAUCAGCUGAUGAAGUUAAGGUUCUUUUGAACCAGCUGCUUGUGAAGAAUGGGGUUCCAAGCAAUUCCUGUUACAGUUCAAUUUUGAAGGAUUUCUUCAAAGACGGUAAGUUUAGAGAGGCGCAGAAAGUAUUUGAUGAAAUGUGCCAUAGAGGGUUUAGGCCCACAUUGAAAGAUUUCAAUGCCAAGAUAAAUGCCUUAUGCAAAAGAGGGAGAACUAAAGAAGGGGAGACUGUUUUGGAGGAGAUGAGAGACAAAGGAAUUGUUCCAAAUGUUGAGACAUAUAAUGCUUUGAUUUCUGGUUUAUGUGAGGGAGGAGAGGCAAAACAAGCAGUUGUGUAUUUGCAAAAAAUGUUUGGGCAAUUGGGUUGUGAGCCAAAUAGAGAGAGUUAUGAGAUGAUGGUUGAUGGGUUAUGCAAUGAGGGGCUUUUGACUGAGACAACAUGGGUUGUUGAGAAGAUGUUAGAUAGAGGGCAUGGGUUAUCAGCUGAUGGUUAUAACAAGUUGGUUUUGGGCCUUUGCUUGAGCGAGAGUACUUUUGAGGCAGUUUUGUUCCUUGAGGAAAUGGUUAGUGAGGGAAAAGCACCUAAAGUUGAGGUUUGGAAUGCUUUGGUUACUGCAUUUUGUAGCAGGGAUGAAGGAUAUAUUGGGGUACCAAGGAGUCUUGAAGCCACAUACAAUGGCAAACUUGGUUACUCUGAUACAUGUUUGCCCUUGGUUCAAGAGCUACGAAAGGCUCUUGAGAUUAUGGACAAUAUGAUUGACGGUUAACUUGCUUAAAGAUGGUGGAAGAAAUUAGACAUUGCAGCACAGGAUUUUUAAGCGUAUGCAGGCCUGCAUAAUUGAAGGAGGGAGCCACUAACUUCCUCAAACUGCAAUCUCCUUAUGAUCAUAGCUGUAGAGCCCUUCUUAUGAGCAUAAACUUAUGCUUUGAUUUAAUUUCCUAUAUGCAUAGAUUGAUGUUUUUCAUAACAAAGAUUUUGAUCGUGUUAACUUUGUAAACACACUCUUCAUUAAAUA